GCCAACGUAGCGGCGGGUAGUCGAGUACAUGGUUGGUACGCUGACUGCCUCCGGAACGCUUUCUCGAACGUAUUUACGAUAAAUUUACGCGAUUUUACGAUUUUAUUUGCGGUUACUGAAAGUGUACAUUAAACUGAUGUGAAUAACGUUUAUUACCAUGUCCGGUUGAACUUUUCCUUUAUUGUGUUACGCCGAAAACUGUCCAAAUGAAGAUGACUGUAAAUCGUAUAAGGGUAGUUGUGCUUGGGAGCCCUCGGAGUGGGAAAUCGGCCGUGGUUGUGCGUUAUCUCACGAAACGCUACAUUGGCGAAUACAGCUCUACCGGGGAUUUCCUGUACACGCAUAGAGUAGCGUUCGAUGGAGCUGUUUCGGAGGUCGAAAUAAUGGAUACCUCAAACUGUGCAAUUCGUGGAUGCCUAGGCGAGCACGUUCGUUGGGGGGACGCAUUCGCCGUGGUGUACUCCGUCUGCGAGCGUCGGUCUUUCCUGGCUGCGGCCGAGCUACUGUCGCUUCUGGCGCAGACUCGACUACCCAGCUGUGCCGCAAUCACUCUCCUGGGCAACAAACGAGACCUCGAACACGCCAGGGAGGUCCACGCAGAGGAGGGUCAGGAGUUGUCGCUGCGGUUCGGCUGCCAGUUCUACGAGGUGUCUGCGGCGGAGUCGUGCGCAGGCGCCGCGCUCGCUUUCCACGCGCUGUUACGUGAAGCUCGUGCUCUCGCAUUACUACUACCUGCGCCGAGACGGAAGCUGGCCGCCUACUCUGUUUCAAAGGUAAUCGGAACGAUAUUCGGCAAAAAUAGUAAAAGCGUGCGAAAGAAACGACCAUCGCUUAGUAUUUAAGCUUAUUUAUUUUAUAGAUUUACGUUCAUAGACUGUUUAGUUUAAAAAUAAUUUAAGCUGUACAUAAUAUUGUUUUCAUCUAGCUUAACAGCUGACUGAGGAGUAUUCAUUAGUGUACUAGUUAUAAAUUAAAGGCAUAGUAUGCUAAUUGGAAGGCUCUAUAUGAUUUAACGUCCAUUAUAAGUAUAGGCGUAGACUGAUUGAACAAAAUGACUCUAGAAUUAAAAAAAAACAUACAGAAGAUAAUUUUAUUGAUAGAGUGGCGUAACGUCGCAGUGACGUGGCUGUUAAAGCAUGUACUGGGAGGGACUUUUCUUGAGGCUGUAAAAUAUUUUUGAAAUUAGUCUUCGAAUCGCUUGUAAACUGAUUGUUUUAUUAUUAUUUUUACAACAAUAAAAUUUCCUUUUUCGCGCACUUGGGGUUUGAAAUUGAACGUAUGUUCAAUGUGCAUGAUUACCUAUUACUCAGUACACCUGAGAUUAAGGUACCUAUUGAGUAUAUUUAUCGUUUUCUGAAUAAAUAUUUUGUUGGAACAUUUAAUAAGUAUAAAAU